CUCCACAGAAUUGAGGUUAGUAUGAUUGUAUUAUACAUUGAAUAUGAGGUUUUGAAUUUGGAUCAAACAACACAUAUAAAUUAGUAGUAUUAUACUUGGUUUAAUAGCAAUGAUUUGGAGUGACCACAGUUGCUCAAUGUACAAAGUCAAACGUGGCAACACAGCUUUGCACGCUUCAUUGACACACACGUCGACGAAAAAACCAUAUCCGCUCAUUGAAAAAGUCGAAAUUUUUCUCGAGAAAUUCAAAGGGGAACUUUUGCGUACUGUUUCGAAUUGUCUCCUUCGUACGGGCAAGCUAUGGUUCAAGAGAACUGUGGAUGAAACUUUGGUAUAUGAGAAAAUCAAUGGUGGUUAUCUGCUAUAAUGUUUUUUGGACCAAGUGAGAUUGAUACUGACGAAAUGGGUUAUGCAAUGAGUAGACUUGAGAUAGAAUCCGAUCUAUGUGAUACUGGAAAAGACUUUUGUGGAGUUGGUAGUAGUAGUGCUAGUCACAGAUCAAGUGAACAUUUGGCAGAUUUAGACCAUGAAAUCAGCCAGGUUACUAAAUUGAAAUCUAGUCCUCAUCAACGGUAUAGCCGUGAAGUCCCUGGGAGACAUCAGUUACCUGUGUCUACUGUGAGGAUGUUGGCUGGUCGAGAAAGUAAUUUCUCUGGAAGAGGGAGGUUUUCCGCCGCUGAUUGUUGCCAUAUGUUAAGCAGAUAUUUACCUAUAAAAGGUCCUUGGCUUGUAGAUCAAAUGGACAGCCGAGCAUAUGUCUCUCAGUUUUCAACUGAUGGUUCUCUCUUUAUUGCUGGGUUUCAGGGUAGCCGUAUUCGGAUUUACAAUGUAGAGAAGGGCUGGAAAGUUCAAAAGGAUAUACUUGCAAAAAGCUUGCGCUGGACUGUUACUGAUACUUCUCUAUCCCCUGAUCAGCGAAAUCUGGUUUACGCAAGCAUGUCACCUAUUGUUCACAUUGUUGAUGUUGGGUCCGGUACAACCGAGUCUCAUGCAAAUGUUACGGAGAUCCAUGAUGGAUUAGACUUCUCUUCUGAUGAAGAUGGAGGCUACUCUUUUGGGAUAUUCUCUGUGAAAUUUUCAACCGAUGGACGAGACAUUGUUGCUGGGAGCAGUGAUGAUUCCAUCUACGUUUAUGAUCUCGAAGCAAAUCGAGUUUCACUCCGGACUGUUGCACACACGUCUGAUGUAAAUACUGUGUGCUUUGCUGAUGAAAGUGGAAACCUGAUUUUAUCUGGAAGUGAUGAUAACCUCUGCAAGGUGUGGGAUAGGCGUUGUUUCAUCGGAAGAGAUAAGCCAGCUGGUGUUUUAGUGGGACAUCUGGAAGGUGUUACCUUUAUCGAUAGCCGUGGAGAUGGUCGCUAUUUUAUAUCAAAUGGUAAAGACCAAACUAUCAAAUUGUGGGAUAUCAGAAAAAUGUCCUCAAGCGCACCUGCAAGGCAUGAGGUGCUAAGAAACUAUGAAUGGGAUUACAGAUGGAUGGAUUAUCCUACUGAAGCAAGAGAUCUAAAGCACCCACUCGAUCAGUCAGUGUCAACAUAUAAAGGUCACUCAGUCUUGCGUACUCUCAUCCGUUGUUACUUCUCUCCAGCGCAUAGUACUGGCCAAAAAUACAUCUACACAGGAUCUAACGACAGUUCCGUCUACAUAUAUGACUUGGUAAGUGGAGAUAAAGUGGCAGUGCUAAAGCACCAUAGCUCACCUGUAAGAGACUGUAAUUGGCACCCGUAUUACCCAACCCUUAUAAGCUCUUCGUGGGACGGAGAUCUUGUGAAGUGGGAAUUUCCAGGGAGCGGUGAGGCGCCGAUUAUGAGUAAGAAGAGAGUUCGAAGGAGACAUUUCUACUACUGAUGCAUCUCUCUACAAAUACAUAUGGUCUCUGUAAGUUAUAUAUAUAUAUAUAUAUAUAUAUAUAUAUAUAAAAUGUAGAGAAGGAGAUGAUGAUGAAUAAUACAACACAAGUGAGAAUCAUCAAAUAAGGCUUUUAAGUUAUAAAAAAGGGGCUUUGGUGUGUGUGUGUGGGAAGUGUCUUGUUGUGAUAUAAAACCAUGUUUUAAAAGGUCAUAUAUGUAUGUGUUAUUAUAAUGGUAUGCAAUGUAGUAAUAAUUAUAUACACUUAUGUCAUGGUUUGGUUUCAGACAUUCCUUUAUAGGGUAAAAAUUCAGUA